AUGACUCCGAAUAGGAAAAUAAAAGAAUGGGACAAUCAGAGUGUUAGAGAAAGAAAAGUUCUAAUAAAAAAGAAUGACAUACAGUACAACAUAUCCACAAGGAUGAAGCCCGAAGGGGAUCUUCAGAACGAUACAGCCAAAACAUCACUUCAGAAUAAAGAGACGAGAAAAUAUCCUGAAGAUACCAGGAGAACAAGGCAUCUUCAUAAGAGAAAUAAACAACAGAGCAAAAUCUUAACCAUUCCGCAGAAAAGGGGCAUGUUCAUAAAAGGAACCAAACUCCAAGGGACAUCUUCAGAAUAUCACCAAAAAAAGGGAGGGAGCAUCCAUAUAAAACAAAGGAAACAUAACAGUAUAUAUACUCAAGCUGGUACCGGAAGAAAGCAUCAUAGGAAUGCAGCGGAAAAGAAAUAUCUCCAUAAGAAGAACGGGCUCGCAGACGAAUAUCUUCCCGGUAACAUGACCGAAGGGAAAGCCAUCUUUAUAAAAGAGACAAACAGGAAAACAUCAUUGAUAUAA